AUGGAUCCUGGUCUACAAAUUGAUAUCAUCACAGAACUGGAUCUUGUGAAUACCACCCUUGGGGUAACACAAGUGUCAGGACUACACAAUACCAGCAAAGCAUUUUUAUUCCAAGAUAUGGAAAGAGAAAUCCAUGCAGCGCCCCAUGUGAGUGAGAAGUUAAUUCAGCUCUUCCGGAAUAAAAGUGAGUUCACGUUUCUGGCCACCCUGCAACAGAAGGCAUCGACUUCUGGAGUUAUACUGUCCAUCCGAGAGUUAGAGCACAGCUAUUUCGAACUGGAGAGCAGUGGCCUACGGGAUGAGAUUAGAUAUCACUACAGGUUUAAUGGGAAGUCAAGAACGGAGGUGUUCCCGUACCGUCUGGCAGAUGGGCAGUGGCAUAAGAUUGCCGUGUCAGUUAGUGCAUCCCACCUUCUGCUCCACGUGGACUGCAACAGGAUUUAUGAACGCAUCAUUGAUCCCCCAGAAACGAAUUUGACACCAGAAAGCAAUUUAUGGCUCGGACAGAGAAACAGGAAACAUGGUUUCUUUAAGGGUGUUAUUCAAGAUGUGAAAGUCAUCUUUAUACCUAAUGGAUACAUAAUGCAGUGUCCUAAUCUGAAUCGCACAUGCCCAACCUGCAGUGAUUUCUUAAGUCUGGUGCAAGGAAUCAUGGAUUUGCAAGAACUCCUGGCAAAAAUGACUGCAAAAUUAAAUUAUGCAGAAACAAGACUGAAUCAAUUGGAAGACUGUCAUUGUGAGAAGACAUGUCAAGUAAAUGGAUUGAUCUAUAGAGACAAAGACUCAUGGGUUGAAGAUGAUCACUGCAGGAAUUGCACAUGCAAAAGUGGAGUUGUGGAGUGCCGAAGGAUGUCCUGUCCCCCUCUCGAUUGUCCUCCUGAUGCUCUCCCAGUGCACGUGGAAGGCCAAUGCUGCAAAACAUGCAAGGCAAAGUGUAUCUAUGGAGGCAAAGUGCUAGCAGAAGGUCAACGAGUAUUAACCAAGAGCUGCAGGGAAUGUCGAAAUGGAGUUUUAGUAAAAGUAACAGAGACUUGUCCGCCGUUGAACUGCUCAGAAAAAGAUCAUGUUCUUCCAGAGAACCAGUGUUGCAGUGUUUGUAGAGAUAUUGACGAGUGCGCUGCCAAGAUGCAUUACUGUCACGCCAAUACUGUGUGCGUUAACUUGCCUGGAUCCUAUCGUUGUGACUGUGUCAUGGGAUAUGUCCGUGUGGAUGAUUUCUCCUGUACAGAGCAUGAUGAGUGUGGCAGCGAACAGCAUAACUGUGAUGAGAAUGCAAUCUGUACUAACACUGUCAGGGGACAUAGCUGCACCUGCAAACCUGGAUAUGUGGGGAAUGGGACCAUCUGCCGAGCAUUCUGUGAGGAGGGGUGCAGAUAUGGUGGAACUUGUGUAGCCCCUAACAAAUGUGUCUGCCCUUCUGGAUUCACAGGAAGUCAUUGUGAGCAAGAUAUUGAUGAGUGUGCAGAGGGGAUCAUUGAGUGUCACAACCAUUCACGCUGUGUUAACCUCCCAGGGUGGUACCACUGUGAGUGCAGAAGCGGUUUCCAUGACAAUGGAAGCUAUUCUCUUGCCGGGGAGUCCUGUGUUGAUAUUGAUGAGUGUGCCUUAAAGACCCACACCUGUUGGAACGAUUCAGCCUGUGUGAACCUGGCAGGAGGGUUUGACUGCCUGUGUCCAUCCGGACCGUCUUGCACUGGAGACUGUCCCCAUGAAGGCGGCUUCAAGCGGAAUGGGCAGGUGUGGACCCUGAGGGAGGACAGAUGCUCCGUUUGUUCCUGCAAGGAUGGGAGGAUUUUCUGCCGGAGGACAGCCUGUGACUGCGAGAACCCCAGAGCUGAUCUAUUCUGCUGCCCGGAGUGCGACACCCGUGUCACCAGCCAGUGCCUUGACCAAACUGGGCACAAGCUCUACCGCAGUGGGGACAACUGGACCUACAGCUGUCAGCAGUGCCGUUGCCUGGAAGGAGAGGUGGAUUGUUGGCCUCUUCUGUGCCCGAAUCUAAACUGCGAGUACACAGCCAUCUCAGAAGGAGAGUGCUGUCCCCACUGUGUCAGUGACCCCUGUCUGGCUGACAACAUCACCUACGACAUCAGGAAAACCUGUCUAGAUGGCUAUGGAAUCACAAGACUUAGCGGCGCUGUGUGGACAAUGGUGGGAUCUCCUUGCACUACCUGCAAAUGCAAGAAUGGGAAUGUCUGCUGCUCGGUGGAUUUAGAGUGUCUCAACAAUAACUGACGUAGUCAGACUGGACUGUGCCAAGGGAGGAAAACUGAUGAAGCUGACACCUGAAAUGAAGUCAUAUGCGUUGGCGUUUGACGCAACAGACAAUUACCAAAGUCUCCGCACGAGGAAGAUGUUUGGGAGUUGCCUUUGGGACCUAUCACUAUGCUCAUCCUUGCUAGCCUUGUCUGGGUGACUUACAGUACAGCGCAUAGAAGUCAAUGGUUGUUAAAAGUUUUCAGUGUUGUAAACGACACACUUUUCCUGUCAAGACAUUCGCAAAUAUGUUUAAAUUAUUUCAUGGGUAAACUAAUGCUGUAUUUUUGUUUCAAUUUGUGUAUUGACAACAUGAUAGAAUUCAACUCUUCUUACUUUGGAUCUAGAUUUUACAAAUAAGACAGCCUGUUGUGAUUUUGUCCCAUGAUCUCACAUACUUAGUUCCAAGGUCCCUGUCAGAUGUAUUUAUGAAAAUAUGUAUGUAUGUACAGUCAAAUUGCAUAGUACUUAUAUUUCACAGC